AUGGCACAACCAACAAGUCCGUCAAAGUCCCUGCCAGAAGGAGCACCCAAUGGCAAUCCAGCUGCAAGCUCCCACCAUGUGAGAUCUAACUCGGAUGUGCCUAUAGAUCCCUCGAUUUCGCAAGCCAGCCCGACCUACCCUCCUUAUUCGCCUUACCCGCAAGGACAGGACAUGCAGCACGCGUAUCAGCCCCAACACCCUCCUUACAUGCCGCAGCGACCACCGCACGAGCAAUGGGGUGGUUAUCCACCACAACAUGGCAUGCCCGCGCCCUAUCCUCACCCUGGUCCAGGUGUCCAAGGCCCGCCGCAGACUUCGGCUGCGUCGCGUUCUGGUCAGGUGUACUCUUUUGUGCCUAUCCCGGGUGCGCAGCAGCAUAAGCGACCGCGUCGUAGGUAUGAAGAAAUCGAGCGAAUGUAUAAGUGCGGGUGGAAUGGAUGCGAAAAAGCGUAUGGAACAUUGAAUCAUUUGAAUGCGCACGUGACGAUGCAGUCACAUGGAACCAAGAGAACUCCGGAAGAAUUCAAGGAGAUCCGCAAGGAGUGGAAGGCUCGCAAGAAGGAAGAAGAGAACGCGCGCAAGCAAGAAGAAGAACGCCAGAGAGCCGCUGCGCAAGCUACUCAAGUGGACGGUGCACCGGGAGAAGCACAUCCAGUCCCGGGACAAGGCUAUCAGCAAAACGGAGCUCGGCCAUCACUCCCCCCUAUUGGCUACCAAUCUGCAGAUGGUCAUGCUCAAGGACAAUACGGGCAGCCACAAGGCGGUAUGGUCUACCCGCAAGGCAGCACCCAGAUGAACAGUUAUCCCAACUAUCCGAACUCGCCUUAUGCGCAGCAGGGCCAGGUCUACCAGCAACGUCAAUACUAG